CUCAGUGUUGCCCUUGCUGCUGGUGGUGUUGUUGGUUGCCGGUCACUUCCUCGGGGAACCACCCCCAUAGGCCACUCUCGGGCCACACUUUGCGCCCCCAGGUCCAGCCGGUCGGGUGGCGGUCCCGCACCUCCACCCAGUCGCCCCGCUGCACACUCAGCUCCACUUCUGUCCCGGCCUCGAACUCCAUCGUCACCAGACGCACAUCCGGCACUCCCUCUUGCCUCAUGGUGGUCGCACCAGGAGGCUCGUGCUGCUGCUGGUGUUGGUUGUGGUGUUGGUGGCGCUGCUGCUGCUGGUGUUGCGCGCCUGAGGGUGGAGGGGCGGAGGCGGCCGCAUGCAGAGCGCCCGACCGCGUCAUGGCGUCGUGUGCAGAGCUGACAGAAGCCUGGCUGCUCUUCGUGGGUGGCUGCAUGUGUGGCGACGGGGUGGGGGAGGGCUGGGACGGCUGUGAUGGGUAGUCGGCGUAAGUCACAUGGGAGCUGCCACGCCACUCAGGUGGGGGCCGCUGUGACCUUUGACCCUGAGCUUGCGCCGUGCCCAUCGCGGGAUGGACCGAUGUCUGCAAAGGCUCAGAAAGCAGCGACUGCAGGUCCUCAGGCUGGCUCCCGCCGAAGCCCUGCGGGCCAUAGGGCUGUGGCUGUGGGUGCUGAGGUGCAUGCAUGGGCGGCGGGGGCCUCGAAGUGGGCGUGCUCACCCCUCUGGUGCCUCUGGGCGGCCUCAAGUGGCUGAAUGGCCGAUCGCCUCUGGCCACCCCAAACGGCCCCCGGCCCCGCCCCCGCCCUUCAAACGGCAGGGGGAAACUCCCACCCCGCCCCUGUGGCGAGUGGUAGGGUGGCCGGCCUGGACGCUGCGGGCCACCAGGAUAACGCUGCUGCUGGGGCACCUGCAGGCAGGCAGGCAGGCCACACACAACGAACGAGGCGAGGAAAAUGCUCAAGGUGUCUUGGUUCUUUCUUGUGUGUGUCUAGCUUAGCUUGCCUCGUCAGGUGGUGGAUGGUCGGUGGUUGGCGCGCCUCCCCCUCUGGGCAUUGGCCGUGGUCGCGUUGGCGGCGGUGGGAUGGCCCCGUGGGUGAUGAGGGUGGCGCAUCGGGUCCGCCAGUAGUCGGCGUCGCGCGUGAGCUGCUUGACGUUCUUCUCCUUCUGCACGUGCAGGCGGUGCAUCCGACUCAGCGCACUCAGCAGCACGUCAGCCUCAUCUUGCAACACACGCACACGAUCCUGCCAUCACACAGAAAAGACGGAUGGAUGUCGUGCCAUCGACGUGCUCGUUCUUUCUUCUUUUCUCUUUCUUUCUUCUUUCUUGCCUUGUAAGUCUUGCCACAUGUCUGCAGCUCUGAGAUGACCCGCUGUACGUCCCCUCUCGGGACGAAUGCGAAGCCGGGUCCCUCGGCGGCCCCGGGGCUGCUCAUGGGGCUGCUCCCCUGGGGAGUAGUGGCCGCCGGCUCGUGCGACCCCUGGCUCGGCUCACGCGACAGGUCGCUGCCCCUCGAGGGCAGCCCACCCAGAGCUCGAGACGAAGAGGGCCCAGCCUGAGACACAGCAGGGUACACAGACGGACAGAGAUGGAUACAUGUGGCGCAAGCGGUCAGACUCUGUCUGGUUUGGUUCGCUCACCGGUGCAGGUCUGGAGAGGGAGGAGGAGAAUGAAGGCGGCAGCUGCACCGCCCGCCACAUCCGGCCGGCCUCUUCCCCUCCCCCCGGCUCGCCGCCACCAGCACCAGCACCAGCACCAGCAGUAGCCGCUGGUACCAUCACAAAUGUGUCGAUGGCGCUGAGCGGGUCUCCCUCCAAAUGCCUCUCGCCUUCCGGGUCGGUCCACACAACUCGCGAGAGGCCCUUCAUGCCUCGCAUCUGCCGCUGGCCACGACCGCCCCGGCGGCCGCCACGCCAUCCGCCGCGCGACCCGCCCACGUCUGAUAGUGUGGCGGGGAACAGGUGUUCUGGAAGUCGGCCUGGGCCGCGCCAGUCAUCGGCUUCGAACGGGCUGCUCGCAGGGCCGCCACUUGCAGAGGGUGUGGGGGGUAGGUUGGGACUGUGUGGGCUGCUGCUGGCGCGCACUGGGCCCGGGAGGAAGGGCGACUGGAACAGCUGUUCAUGAGGGGACGAUGAAGGAUGGAACGACUGGCUGCCUGUCGACAUGGGCUCAUCGACGAGCGAGUCUCCGAUGGGCUCGUGCGUCUCGUGGUACGGCGGCGGGGAGCGCAUCUCGCGCUCGUGUGGCGGGCGGUGCUUCCACAUGAAGGGCGAGUCAUCUUCCCGCAGGGCCAACUCGAAGUCGUCAAAACUGGGGGGCACCGACGAGUCGGCGGCCGUGGCCGUCUGAGAGGGCGGCAUGGCGGCCGGCUCGGACGAGCCGGAGAGACCCAGCUGCGAGGAUCCCCAGUAACGGUACGGCAUGGGACCGCCCGCACCGCCAGGCAACGGCUGAGACGAAAACGACGCCGAACUGAACACACACACACACACACACAGAAAGACCGACAAGAGCGAGAGCUGCCUGAUGCGAUGCGGUCGCGUGCGUGACAGUGUUGGUUGACAGUCCGACCGACCUGAUCGGCGCCUCUGUGCUGCGUGAUUCCUCCCGCUGCAGGACGUCGCCGACUGGCGGGGGAACCGGCGGGUGUGGGUAGGGCGCCGCCGACGUCGCCGACUGCUGCAUCAUGAAGUCGUCGUACGUUGGCGAUGACGCGUCACGCGGGCGGACUGACCAAUUAGGACAAACACACAGACCGAGAGAAACAUCAAUCAGAGGCCUUCACUGACAUCCUUCUGUGUGUGCGUGACGCACUUACAUGGUGCGAUGGCGGGGUCGGACGUAAAAUGAGCGGCCGAUGCCGUCAGCGGUGGGCUGCCGUGUGACUGCUCGUCAGCCCCAGAUCCCGAAACCACAUCGCUCCCACUGCCGCGGAAGGUCAUCGACCCUCCCCCGCCCUCCAUGUCCCUCGCCGCCUCCCACACCUUGUACUGACCACCCUUGGGCCGCCCACCACUGGUGGACCGUCCCGAUAGCGGCCGCCCGGUGUGGGCUGACUCGGCGCGUGUGAGGGUGUGCUGGCUCAGUGGCGGGACUGCACUCUGUGGGGGAGCUAUGGGUCCGAAGCCGCUCCCCGGUUCGCUCGCGACUGCAUCGUCGCGGAGCGGAUGGAUGCCGCCGCCGGAUGAGUCGAAGUCCAUGUGUGUCAUGGAGGGCGGCGUGUGGUGUGCCUGCGUUGCGGAUGACCCAAAGCAAAAGGGCAAGCAAGAGGGGCAGUGCAUGGGGGGGGUGACGCAAGACAGACAAGCAGAGAGGGAGCAAAGACAGACAGACAGACAGAAGACAACAAAGGCAACAAGCAGGGAGGGAGGGAGAGAUGUGAUGUGUAUCUGAUCUGAUCCGCGUGUUGUGCGUGUUAUGCGUUUUGUGCAUUCGUUUCUUGUACCUCGGUAUCGCUCAUGCGGAAUGGCUUUGAUUGAUGCGAAGCAAAACAGACAGAUGAUAGAUAGAUCUCCCUGAAUAAAUCGCUGUGGCCGGGAGCGCCAGAUGACCCCUCGAUCGCAGCUCUCCCCUCCCCCCUCUGCCGAAAGCUCCCCUGCCCUCAACUAAAUGGUCCGGUUGGCGUCAUGGGACACGUGUGUCGGACGUGUGUCAGCAGGGCAGAUCUCCCUUGUUUGGCGUUGCAUUUCGCCAGCACAUGGCUCCCGGCAGCAUCCGCAGCUCCCGCCGCAAUGUCUGACGGCUGUCGUUGGUUU